AGAAACGUGCGGGAAGGAGAGGGAGCGAAAGAGGGAGCGACAGAGGAGAGAGUAAAGGGGGAGAAAGGAAGAGAGAAUUUGUUGAAAGGAAGCAUUUUUGUUGGAUGGGAGAAAAACAACCAUGGAAACUCUAUCAGAAGAAAACCAAGACCAGAGGCAGGACAAAAGAGGUUGCUUUGAGUGCUGCAUCAAAUGUUUAGGCGGGGUGCCGUAUGCGUCGCUGGUGGCUACAAUCCUCUGCUUCUCUGGCGUUGCCCUCUUUUGUGGAUGUGGCCAUGUGGCUCUCACUGGUACCGUGACCAUCCUGGAAACACACUUCUCCAAGGUCAACACUGAUCAUGCCAUACUGACUAAUGUAAUACAGCUGAUGCAGUAUGUCAUCUACGGCAUUGCUUCGUUUUUCUUCCUGUAUGGGAUCAUUCUGCUGGCUGAGGGCUUCUACACAACAAGUGCAGUCAAGGAACUGCACAGCGAGUUCAAGACUACCAUCUGUGGACGCUGCAUCAGUGGAAUGUUUGUGUUCCUCACAUACAUUCUGGGUGUGGCCUGGCUCGGUGUGUUUGGCUUCUCUGCCGUGCCAGUCUUCCUCUUCUACAACAUGUGGUCUACCUGUGCCGCCAUGGACAACUUAACCAACAUUGACUCCAUCUGUGUGGAUGUCCGUCAGUACGGAAUUAUCCCAUGGAAUGCCACACCAGGCAAAGCCUGUGGAUCCACGCUAGGUGACAUCUGCAGCACCAGUGAGUUCUACCUGUCUUAUCACCUGUACAUCGUAGCGUGCGCCGGCGCAGGAGCCACUGUGAUCGCUCUGAUCCACUUCCUCAUGAUUCUCUCAGCAAACUGGGCCUACCUUAAGGAUGCCAGUCAAAUGCAUGCCUACCAAGACAUCAAAAUGAAGGAAGAGCGGGAGCUGCAGGACAUCACCUCACGCUCAAAGGAAUGCCUCAAUUCCUACACAUAAGGAUAUGACACUCUCACAAUCCACACGUACACACACACACACACACACACACACACACACACACACACAGUGGCCCACCACUGUGGCCCCUUUGGACCAAGACAACGCUCGGCUAUAAAAACCUGCAAACUGCCGUGAAACUGUGCAGUACUAACCAGGCUCCUAACAAACUAAUGCAUCAGUGUUGCUUUCUGCACUAACUCACCAAGAAGUGUUUCGGAACUGCUACUUAAAAUUUUCAUUUAUGCUGAUUUUAUUUUAUUUUUAUUGCAGUUUUGAAUUCAUGUAGAUUUUUUUUAGCCCUUUUUUUUUAUAGCCAGUUUUUUGCUGGCAAAGCUUGAGACAUUGCACUAUUAUACAACGCAUCACGAUGACAUGUUUGUUUUUCCAGUCUUGCUCUGUCUUUCUUUUGAGCUGUGGUGGCCAGUUUGCAACAAGGGAAUGUGAAAUUUUAUUUUUUCAUAAAAAAAAGAAAGAAAAGAAAUGCAGAUUAUUGUAUCCACAACAUGAACGGCCUUACAUUCAGAGUUGGUGUGUCGCUUCUAGAUGGCAUGUCGGAAGAACCAUCACAUUAUAAUGUACUGACACGAGACUGGCAUGUCACACGCUGUUUUGCUUUGACUUCACAGCAAGGAAAGAGGUAAAAAUAUAUUAUGUGGACCCAGUUCUGUUGUAAAAGUUCAAUAAUAAUCUCAGUGUUUAAUAAUUGGUUCUUGAUUUUAUUGUACAGCUACUUUAAAAGUCACUCAGAAUAUUCAUGGCCUACAUUAACCCUACCUCAGGUGUGCACUCGAGCCUAUGAGACAAUUUAACUGGAACAAACACUUCUCCCUUGUAAAACCAUGGUUUGAAAUCUUCUUAUAAACACACACACACACACACACACACACACACAGAGCUCCUCUACAUCACAGUAUUUUAGGAUUUACACUUUAAGGUUAAUGCCAUAAGAAUACUUGCUUGCUAAAUGUGAACUGCUGCCAAUAAUUAGACAGGAAAUUCAAUGUGUUCAAUAUAUAAAAGGUUUGGUCCAUGUGUAUUCAUUUAUGCAAAUGAGAAAUGGUCUAGGCUUGCCGACACAGAGAGCUCUCUGAUCCCUCAUAAAUGCUCAUUGUCUAUUGUAAUAUCUUAUCAUAUAUUGUAAUAUGAUUGAAAUUUACUUGAUUUUGAAAAAAAAAUCUUAUAAGACAACUAUGUCCCAUGUGUAUUGUUACUUACAGAAGUUACGGUUGUGAAAAAUGUAAACUUGUUACAAGUCAGGAUUUUUAGUGUUUUCUUAUUUUUAAAGAUAAAACCACUUAAUUUUUGUUCUUAAUUUUCUAUUAUGGCACCAUUUUUUUUGAUGUGCAAUUGUCCUAAUGCUGACAUUACUCCUGUAAUCUUUAGUUUUUCUAUUAGUUGAUCGACAGGGAUAAGUUUCUUUGUUGCAUGAAGACGACUGUUUCUGCAGUGACGCGUGAUGUACAGUCAUGUAUACUGACAUCAGUAGUAGGCAGUGUUUCAUUUGUAUUCUAAAUGCAUACAAAUUAACCCAUUUUAUGUAGCCAAUUAGUUUUUUUUAGGUUAAUUUCCUUCUAGUCAAAAGUAUACGAGUCUUAUAUUAUUUUCUUGCCUGAUAGUAUACCUGUAUUUUCUAUGAAUGUCAAGGGCUUCCUCGUGAAUUACUGAUGCUUAAAUUUCAAUUCAACUUUCAGAUAACAAUUAGUCGCAACAGCAGUCAUUUCUAAAAAUUGUACGGCAAUCUAAAUGGUAAAUUUAGCCAAAGUAUGACUGCCAUUGUGUUUUACACAGUAUCUGUGAGAUAUUGCAGUACAACACCUGCAUAGCCACAGGUGUACAGGGGCAAAGGAGACACAAGUACACGACGCUAAUCUCAUCUUUGUAUGCUGCGUUUCCUGUUGAACGAACCAAAAACUAGAGAAUAAAGGCUAUCAAUCACCAGGAGGACAACAAUCCAGCAUCCUGUCUGACUGGAAACCCUUUUAUGACAUUACUCAACUGGCCUGUUGACUGUUUCUAUGAAAAUAAAAAUAAAACAAACUUUACUCUGUU